AUUCCCCCACCCAUUCACGGCACAUCACAGCACAUCACAGUGCAUUCCCACCAUGGAGACAAGAGUCGUGAGCUGCAGCACGCCUUUUGCCGGCGUGCUAGUGCGGUGGGAUUUUUUCGCCUCCCAGCGCUGUUUAUUACCGUCCCGUCCCAGAAGUCCCGGCCUCUUUCUUCCCAUCCAGGCAUUCACCCUUCACAUCUGCCCAUAACUCCUCGCCAAUAGCCAAGUCCGGAGAACAUGUCUUCCGAUACUCAUCAGUCUCCCACUCCACCCAAUGGCCAAGCUGCCGCUCAAACAUCUCGACCAGUCAACGGCGAUGAUGCUGCGUCGCCCGAGGACUUGUCAAACCCUUCCGCUGUCCCCUUCCAGGAUCAACAAACAAAUGCAAUCAGUGUCCAGCCGUCAAGCGAGAAUGCUGCCAGUGUAGAUGCCAAGGACCUCACUGUAGAGGUCCGAAGCCUCUCUCACGAAGACCCAUUGGAUCUGGGCCGCCAUCGGCGAUCAAACGUCACGCGGAAGCAGAUGAAGCUAGACCACCCAAAAGCCAAAGAGAAGCACAUGAAGAAGUUCUACACGAGACAGAACGCACUUAUCGACCAAUUCCUGCAAAGCGGGGACGAGGAGCGUCUGGCUGCCCUUGACCUCCAAGAAAACGGUCCCAAGGUCCGCUUUGCUGUAAACGCUUCAUUUGCUGUCAACUUUUGCCUGUUCGUCAUCCAGCUGUAUGCCGCCAUCAGUACAGGAUCUCUGUCGCUGUUCGCGACGGCUGCAGAUGCCUUCAUGGACCUUGUCUCCUCCGUCGUCAUGCUCGUCACCUCCCGCAUGGCGUCCAGGCCAAGCAUUUACAAGUACCCGGUGGGGCGGACGCGUAUCGAAACAAUCGGUAUCAUCAUGUUCUGCUGUUUGAUGACCACAGUGGCCAUUCAGCUCAUCAUCGAAUCUGGACGAGCUCUGGGCGCAGGCGAGACUCAUUCAGAGGACCUCCAUCUGAUUCCAAUCAUCUUCGUUUCCGUUGCCAUCUUCUCCAAGGGCAGCCUGUGCAUCUAUUGUUUCCUGUAUCGCCGGUAUCCCUCAGUCCAUGUCUUCUUCAUUGACCACCGAAACGACAUCGCCGUCAACGCUUUUGGCCUAAUGAUGUCUAUUCUUGGAAGUCGUGUCAAGUGGUAUGCGGAUCCUAUUGGUGCCAUUCUCAUCGGCCUUUUGAUCCUGGUCUCGUGGGCCUCGAAUGCUUUCGAGCACGUGUGGCUCCUGGUGGGCAAGAGUGCUCCAAAGGAGUUCAUCUCCAAGCUCAUCUAUCUGGUUGUGACACAUGACACUCGCAUCCGCAAGGUUGAUACCUGCCGGGCAUAUCACGCAGGCCAACGGUACUAUGUCGAAGUCGACAUUGUCAUGGACGAGGACGCCCCUCUCAAGGUAACUCACGACGUCAGCCAGACUCUCCAGCGGAAACUUGAAGGACUUGCCGACGUCGAGCGCGCAUACGUCCACGUGGACUAUGAGAAUGAGCACGAUCCCCAUGAAGAGCAUAAGCCUAUGUAUGACAAUACAGAGCGGCGAUCCAUCAGGCAACGUGUCAAGGAACUGCUCUCUCGUUCAAAGAAUGAGGGCCAAUAAUUUUCCACUCCAAGGGUGUGCUGAUGGAAUACAAGGCACCCUUCCGAUAAAAAAUCGAAUUCGUCAUCCAUACUCACUCGGGAGAAGGACGCAUCUUUCGCUCCGUCUCCCUCAUCACAGAUCGCUGAGCGCCACCGAGCGCCAAAUGGAUGAUCAUAUUUGACGCAUGAAAUGCAACUGGGGUUACGCAGCAUAUACAUAAGUCUGCACAGCAUGUACUUUCUAUACCCUCCUUAUGAUGAAUGAUUGUAUUAUUUCCCAUAUCAACUG